CUUGCAGAGUUGUCAAGGAAGUGCGUUUGUGUUUAUACAGGACCUCCCGCCUUCACCUACCGUCGUCAAUCAUGUUAAUGCGUAGCUAUAUGGAGCCGUCCAUAUUGUUACAACAUUUGAGAGGCUAAUGGCGAUGCGGUACUGAGUUCAUUUUCGCCUCUACUGUAACGUUACUUGCCUCUGUAGGAUCCAUAUGGCACCGCCGACCACAUUUCGGAUCAAGCAUAAAUUGUCUCUUAAAUGCGCUGCAUGUUCAAUCUGAGGUCUGCAUUGGCCUUGCAGCAUUUACAUGAUAUUGCCUCUGCAGAAGUCAGGGAGUGCAUUCAUAUUUCUGCUUCGCAGAGCUAUAUGGGAGGUCCUGUAAAACAAACUAACUUCAUUGACAAUUUAUUUUACAACUACUCUGCUCGGCGAAGCAGAAGAAGUAUGAAUGCCCUGACUUCUGCAGUGGCCGUAUCAGCUGCACGGCCAAUGCUGAUGGCAGAUUGACAAUGGAGCGCCUUUAACCUGCUACGAAAAAGUUACGUUUGGUUUUAACUGUACCCACUCUAGUCAAAACCGUGUUUUUCUCCAGAAUUUGAGCAUCAACGAGCGAAGCGAUCCAAUGAAAGCGCUUCGAGUGGCAGAAGGCAUUGUGCUAGGCCUUUUGCGGAAUUUAUUUAUAAACUAUAUAUAUUUCCCAAAGGUAUAAGCCACUCCAGUUUUCUAUUCUAAUAAAGGCCAUGUUAUUUUCUGCGAAAGUUAUGUAUAGGCUUUUUCUAUCUGCAAUUAAAUUAAGUAGUGCAACAAACCAAAGUCAUUUUGAAAAGUUACCAUUGUAAUCUAUGCUAUUUUAAGGCGUUUGUAUGGGGAAUUUAACAACAUGUGGGGUUGGAUUGAUUAUUACAGUGAGUUAACCGUUAUUCCAGCCUUGCAAUGAUUCUGCUCAACCACGGGCCCUUUAAAAAGGAUGGAGGAUGAGGGAAAUAGGCGGAGCAUAGAUGCUCAACGUGUUGCUGUUGGCGCUGCAGUAUUGAGCUCUACUCUGCAGUGCUAUCACAGUCUACAGUAACACCGCAAUAUGAAGUCUGCCGAAAUCACCCGCUCUCCAUCAACAUUCCGGGCAGUCUUUGUGACAGGUAUGAUUACGGGUGCCUAAUAACCAUGGGGACCCAACAUAGGAGAACGGAUGCCAGCUGAGCCCCUCAACUCACCAGACCAUCGCUGUUGUCAAUAUCCCAGAAUUCUCAGCUAGGCCCCUAAGAAGGCCUUCUUGCAAACCCUUGGAGCCAUGGAACACAAAAUACAACAGAGGGACAAAAACAGGCCCAGCUACUUUGGCAACGUCAAGACCAGACUGGGGUCCAAGCUCCCUGUUGGGGACACCCAGUCCCCCAGGUUAACUUCCGGACCCUUGGAGACAGGGCCUCAGACCGACCCAACCAAGGAGGCCAGGGCCAGCGGUCAGGGCCACCGUGCCGUGGGGCGUCCCCUUGACCACGUCCCCCACAUCCGGAACCCCCGACUGCGACAGUAUUACCUCCAAGAGCCUAGAUGGGGAAUGGAGGGAACCAUGGCCAAGUCCAUGGGCAGAGAUCACUUGUCAGAUGACAAGGUAGACACUAUGGCUCAACAUGAAUACACGGUGUUCAGUGUCACCUCCAAGUGCAAUAGCCUGGCAGAUCAGACUAAGCUGAACAGGCAGCUCUCCAUCUCUUCCUCCCUCAUCUCCCGGCAGAACCUCCGCGUUCCCAAGAGUAAAGGCUCUGGCCAAGGCUCAUCUCCCGCAGUGAUGCACCUUGACCCCAACCUCAGGCUGGAGCCAGAGUUGGACACUAACCCAGGGCAUGGGCUUUUUCCGGCCCCAUCUGCCAGCCCUCAUUCCCCGUCACCAGAUGCAGAGUAUGACAAACUACUGGAUGUGGAGGCGGUGCCAAUGCCUGACGGACAGCUCUGCCUACUGGCCCUCCCUCCCGAGUGCUCCCAAAGGGAAGGGCAAGCCGCCAUGCCAUAUCUCAAAUUGUUCUGCCGCUACAUCACUGACCGCAAGGGUGUGGUUUCUGGUAUCUUGCUAGUGACGUCCAAUAAGAUCUUCUUUGACCCGUGUAAGACCCACCCGUUGGUGAUGGAGCACGGCUGUGAGGAGUACCUGCUGUCCUGCUCAGUGGACAGCCUGGACUCUGUCUCAUUCUACUCGGACAUUUCCCACGUGCACUUCAACACCUCCACACACAGGUGGAAAGGAACUAAAAAGACCCAGAAAACGGUCUCCAAAACUGGCAAGACGCUCCAGCAGGGUGGGAGGCGAAGCAGCCGUAGCCCACAGCACAAAGGGGAGACUGUCCCAGUGCUGGUCUCUGCUGCUACGUCGGAGCUGAGGUCUGCCCUGGCUCUCAGCCUGGUCCAAGGGUUCGCUGAGGAGGAGAGUAGCAGUGACAUGACUCAGGCAGAGAAGCAGCUGGAGGGGAAGGGAAGCCCGCUGGUUGUGCAGUCAUCCGGGGCUGAGCUGAGCAGUGCUGCCACCUUUUGUUGUGGAGGACAAGUGGCAGCAGGGACGAGAAAUCUAGUGAGAAUGGAGCAGGUGGACAGAGAGGGGACGGAGAAGGAGCAGUCUGUAAGGAAUCGGACGUCAGGCCUCUCUAGACCUUCAGGGACUUUUGGGUGUCUCAUGUUUGUCAGGCUGCGGCUCCAGGGGUCCGCUGGGAAGAAGGGUGUGGCUGCAGGCUUGCAGCUGGGGACAACAAAAACCUUACCCCGGAGGGAUGCCUGGUUCGCCUUUUCCCAGGAGAGCUCAGACGAGCUCUACGCCUAUCUGAGCCACUGGAGGCCUGACCUAUGCGUACUGGAGGGAGGGUCGGAGGAGGGGGAGGGCGACAAAGACGAGUUUGUACUGGUUGACAACGGGGAGGAGGAGGAAGAAGUGUCCAAGAACCACGGACGGACUGGGGAGGACUGGGAGAUGGUGUCAGUGGAGGAUGGUGGCGGGAGACUACCUCUGGUCAUGGACAAAGAUCCAGAGGGACUGUGUGAGAUAGUGGAGCAGAGUCGCAUCUUGGACGCAACGCUUGUCAGAGAGCUCUCAGCCGAGUUGCCUCCCAGGACAGUGGGCCACAUGUGGCAUCUGGCCUACAGCACUUCUCUUCACGGCUCCAGCCUCAAGUCCCUCUACCGGAAGCUGAACGGCAGCGACUCGCCUGUACUCAUGGUCAUCAAGGACUCGCUCAAUCAGGUGUUUGGGAGCUUUCUCUCUCACCCACUGAGGCCGAGCGAGACCUUCUAUGGCACAGGAGAGACAUUCCUCUUCAUGCUGCAUCCUCGAUUCAAGUGUUUCAGAUGGACAAGAGAGAACUCCUUCUUCAUAAAGGGAGACCUGGACUCUUUUGCUAUCGGAGGAGGAAGUGGUCACUUUGGCCUGUGGCUGGAUGAGACGCUGUACCUGGGCAGGAGUAGCCCUUGUUACACCUUCAACAACUGCUGCCUCUCAGAAAGAGACGACUUCCACGUCAUAGAGCUGGAGGUGUGGACAUUCUGGUGAAGGCCUGCCCUCUUCAACUUGCCUAGCAACACCCACUCAUGAUGUCUGGCUGUCCAAUGACUGCUUUAAACAAGACUCUAGAACAAUGAGUUGGAUGUACCUCACUAUUUUGACUUAAUUCUUAAUCCCCCCCCACACACACACACACUCUUUCGCAGGUUGGUAUGGUCCUCACGGUCAUCUGACUCUGCCUUGUGGAUACUGUAGUUCAGUGGUGGAAUUCACAUCUUCUAGCAAUGGAUCUCCAUCUGAAGGCCUACCUGCAUGUGUAAGCCUGCAUUUCCACCCCAGCACAAUUGGCACUGUUAUUCUAGCACCAUUUUUUUUUUACACAUCUUUUUUGCUGCCUGUGAAUCGCUAACCUGAAGGUGGCUGUCUCUUUUGUAAAAUGGAGGCACUGAAAUUCGAAGAACUAGGGGCUCACUAUGCCCCUUUUUGCAUAUAGACCAAAUUAUAUGAACUGAUGUACACAUUUAGUCAAAGCGAACAAAAAAAGGACUUGGGGGAACAUGGUCUAACCUAAAUAUUUAUAGAAAUGUUUUAUGUUACCCAAUCAAACAAUACAUGAAAGUUGCUGUCACUGAUCAAAAGUUAUAUUGUGGGAACAUAGAUCUAACAAGUAGACAAAAUGUGGCUAAUGUUAUUAUAACAUGUCUUUAUCUGAUACUUUUUGAGAAACAUCGAUUUCAUCCAGUGGUCAUUGCAAGCUUACGGGACUGAAAAUAACAAUCAAGACUCAAUCUAUUUUUAUUUUUUUUUGCACAAAAUUAGGCACAAAUAGUCAAAGGUUAUUUCAAGGGGAUGACUACCUCUACAAUGCUAACAUGUGCCUACAUUGCAGUGCUUAAAAGGAAAGAUUCAACCAUUUUGAAUGUUUUAUCGUAUUUGUGCAUCUCUGAGCGAUGUUCUAUCAAUUCCUAGGGUCCUUUCAUGUUUAUCUGAGCUAUUUGCUGUUCAAGCAGGCAAAAAAAUACAGCCUGCUUGAACAGCGAAUAGCUCAGAUACACAUGAAAGGACCCUAGGAAUUGAUAGAACAGUAAUGCACAUAUGAUAUAACAUUCAAAAUGGGUGAAUCUUUCCUUUUUAGAGGAUGGAGAAAUUACAUUUUAAGAUAUUACCUGUUUCAAGUGUCAAUGUACACGUGGUAGAACCCGAAGAAUAUCACUAAAUCCAUUUCAUCUCGCUCUUAACUGUUGCUUGUGUUAGAUAAUCUUUGGUGUAGUCACACUUUAAAUUCUGAUCUCAUGGGUAAGGUGUUAAUUAACCUGUAGUUCCAUAACAUGAGAUCUACAUCAACAAUGUUUUUGCUUCAUAGGAAAGCAAUUACAUUACAAUUGUGCCAGCAUCCAACUUUUGGUGUUUCCAUGACAGCUGUUGGUGACCUCGGGAACAGAGCAGGGCUGUUGCCUGCAGAAGUUUUAGCAAUGACAUCAGGCCUUGGCCAGCCAACUUUGGACUUUCAGGCAGGCCCUCAAACUGCUAAAACUCCAGAGGGAAUGACUUGACCUGCUCUGCCACUCCAACAAUGACUGACAAGUAUUACAGAAAUCUAUGGUUCUUUACAUGUUGCAAAACAGUGCUUAUUAAGAAAACACUAAUUAGUACAAUGCAUUAUGGUGUGUGCUUGUUUUGGUGUGAACGUUUCAAGUGAGUAAAACAAAUUUGAACUCAC